AUGGCUCACCAGGCCUCUUCCUCCACCGCGAGCUCGUCGGUACCUGGUCUUAGUCCCGAUCUCUCCCAAAAACUCUUGGAUUUGCUCAGCCCAUCAAACCCUUCCGCAAAUUUCGUUGGUAAUGUUUCUUACAAUCUCUCUUCUCCUCAAGGCCAAACAUGGAUCAUCGAUAGUGGAGCUAGCCACCACAUGUGCCAUGAUCGAACCCUUUUCUUCGCACUUUCAUCUCCUUCCCAUGCGUCGAAGGACCCUCAGUCAACGAUGCUGAUUGGAGCAGCAGAGCUUUGCAAUGGACUUUACAUGUAUCGGCCUCAACCCAUCACAGCUCUUUCUACUCAGACUCUUGCUAAUAAGAUCCUAUGGCACCAACGCCUAGAUUUUCAUCAGUCUCAGGCAGAUCACUCUCUAUUCACUAUUAUCACUCACACUAGCAUCACAAUUGUCCUUGUUUAUGUAGACGACAUUCUAGUUGCUGGCAAUGAUAUUUCCCAGAUCGAUGUUUUCAAGAGCAUUCUCUCUACACACUUCAAAACAAAGGAUCUCAACUCCCUCAAAUAUUUCCUUAGUCUCGAAGUUGCUCGCUAUCAGAAAGGCAUCUUCCUCAACCAACGCAAGUACACACUUGAUAUCCUGACUAAUAGUGGUCAACUUGGUGCUCGGACUGCUCACUUUCCCAUUGAACAAAAUUUGAAGCUCACAAACCGUGAUGGCUCUCUCCUCGCCGACCUUGGUGCCUAUCGACGACUGGUUGGAAGUCUUAUCUACCUGAAUAUAACACGUCCUGAUAUUAUUUUUGCAGUGAAUAUUCUCAGCCAGUUCAUGCAUGCUCCUCGAGAUCCACACAUGCAAGCUGCCAUCCACGUUCUUCGCUAUCUCAAAGGCAGUCCAGGUCAAGGCAUUUUUUUCUCAUUAUCUAGCACUUUGCACGUUACCACUUACACAGACUCCGAUUGGGUUAGUUGUCCCACUACUCGAAGAUCCACCACAGGGUUCUUCAUUCAGCUCGGCAUGAGCCCCAUUUCUUGGUGCACAAAAAAUAGACGACAGCAGUGUUCCUCCGCUAAAGCUGAAUAUCGCGUCAUGGAAGUUACCACUUGCGAACUCACCUAG